AUUUUCGUUUCAAAACGAGGCUGAUAAAAUGGCCGCACCCGCUGCUAUGGAUUCCGUUACAGAAGAAGAAAUUGAUCAGCUAACAAUGCCGAAAGCGAUGAAACUUUGCAGAACGCAUCAGAUAAAGUUGGGAGAUAACAAAGACCUCGACAAAAUUAAAUGGCUCUUGAAAUACGAACUACUGUGCAAAGGAAAGAAAAGAGAAGAGGCCAUGGGAUUUUUAUCCACGAGUGGGGACCAUGAUAAAACAAGAAGAGAGGCACUAUCAGUGUUGUAUGAUAAUACCAUAGCUUAUGCUCAAAGCAUACAGGAUGUGAAAGAUCAAGUUGUAGAAGAACUGAGUAAAAUGUUUCCAAAUGUUUGUGAAAGUUUGAAUCAUGAGAGACAGAAAAUGCUGAGUGAUGUAGCCCCAGUUUUAGUUUUAGGAGAAACUGGUUCAGGAAAGUCAUCAUUUAUCAACUUACUACUUGGCCAGAACAUUUUGCCAUGUUCGUUGCUUAGUAACACACACGUGAUUUGUGAGAUACAGUACAGUGGGGAUGGUCAGAAAUCAAGGGCAGAACUUCAUAAAGCAGGUAGUAGUAAAGAGUGUACAGUAAUUGAGGAUAUCGGUGACGGUAAAUUUACUGAAGUACUUGCAAAACAUAUACAACAGUUAGAUAGCAACAAAAGAGCAGUGUACAGAUUGGCAAAUAUAUAUUUACCAUGUGAUAUACUAAAGUCAGGUUUGAUGAUUGUAGACAGUCCAGGUAUUGGUGAAACCAAGGAAAUGACUAGUAUGGUUCUCAGCUAUAUUCUCAAUGCUUCAGCAUUUAUCUAUAUCAUUGACAGUACAAAUGCUGGAGGCAUGCAAGCAAGGGUUAAAGAGUUAGUACAGAAAGUGUAUAGACAGGCUUUGGAAGAGCAGAGAAUAUGUCGGCCAGAGAGUGCCAUCUUUGUUUGUAACAAAUGGGAUGAGGUAUGUAGCAGGGAUAGGGCAGAUGUUUGGGAGGAUACAAAAAGAAAGGUGAAAGAUGCAUGGCCUGAGUGUAAGGAGUCGCAGAUUAUACGAUUCUCCACUGUCGAAGCUUCAUUCAUACAAGACAAAGGAGGCAUGGCACCAAAGUUUGAGACCAUUUUGAAGAACAUAAACACAUUGAUUCCAGUUGGUCAGGAAGUCCUGGUACUUAAAGGCUACAGGUAUAUUGAACAUUUUAUAUCAAGGUGUAUAGUCUGCUUUGGGGCACAUCUGUCACAGCUGAAUCUUUCUAAGGAAGAGAGAGAACAGAAAAGGACAGAUGCCAAGGACCGUCUGAAUCAGUUGAAGUCAAGGAUAACUACUUUCUUUGAUGAACAGUCUAAAAGGCUAAAAGCUGAAAUAGAGAACAUUGCUGAUGACUUGAAAAAGUAUAUCAAUGAAAAGCCUAACCUUGAUAGAGUUUGCAAGUUUUCUGACAAGGAUCUUCCAAAGAGACAGAACUGGAACGAGGCUGCAGUCGAGGUGAGACACAAAGUGUAUGGAAGUAUGAGAACCCUAAUCAAAGACUGGGAGUCACAGGAAACUCAUUUUGGAAAGUUAGCAAAACAUAUUGAAGACAGCAUCGAAAAGGAGUUUCCUGCUUUCGAUAAGGAAAUCUAUCAAGCAGAGAAAUUACUGUCCAAUUCACAAAAAACAACAUCAGUAGAUACUGACGAAACAGAAAUCGGUCUGGUUCCAGAAUUUAUUCAGAACAGAAUUGGGGGUCUCAGUCUAGGAACCAAAGUUGCUCUUGGAAUUGGACUGUCUCCAGUUCUACUUGUUGGAAUGAUUUUUCGUUUACCAGUCUUGGGAGCUCAAGCUUUUGAAAAAUUCUACUCCAAGUACAGUCUUGAAAAGGAAUUCAGAGAGGCUGCAGUUGACAAUGGUGACAAAGAAAAGCUGAAAUAUGUUUGUGAAAAAUAUGCCAGAAAGACUGUGGAGAGUAUAACAGACAAAAUGAACAUGCGACAGGUCAUUGAAGAAGAUAUGCAACCCCUUACUACUUACCUAAAACAACAACAAAAAAGAAUGGAGAUGCAAAUUCAAUGUGACCUUGACCUGCUUAAAAAUUUGAAAGAUGAAGACCGGAAAGAUGAGGAUGUUUUGAGAGUUUAUGAUCCCCUCAAUGCUAAAUUUCUCAUAUUACGUGAAUGUCUACAACAUUUCAUGCUUAUUCACCUGCCGGCAAAGUUUGCAUCUUGGAUCGAGGAGGUACCAUUCGCUGAUAUCGAAGUUGGAGAUACAUUGAUCUGUAGUGGGAUGGCAGCAGACAUAUUUCAGGCCAGGUCUAAACCUUCUACAAUGACAGAUGGUAAGGAUAUCGUAUGUGUGCGAGUCAUCAAAGAAAAGAUAAAAGAGAACAAGAUGAAACAGUUCCUGAAAAUUUUGGAGGCAUACAAAACAAUAAAGAAGAAGAAUAUAGCAAAAUGUUAUGGAUUCUGGAAUCCUGGUGUUGGAAGUGGCAAACUGUACCAGAUUCUUGAACCACUGCAGUGUAGUCUCCGACAGUUUGCUGCAGGAGCUGACUUCCAACAUAACCAUGACAACAACUGUGUAAGAACCAUGACCCAGUUAAUGAAUGGUCUCAACUUCCUCCAUGACAGAAAACUUGUGCAUUUUGACCUGUCCAUGGACACAGUGGCAGUUGAUGAAAAUGGUAAAGUCAAGUUAACAAACAUUAGUCCUGAGAUGAGGUUAAAUCUUGAACCAGAAGUCAUAGACGGAAAAGUUUGCUUAUCCAAAUACAUACAUAUCGAGCCAAAAUUCUUCCAAAACAAGAACCGGGUUGUCUAUAGGAUCAGGGAUGAUAUGUAUGGUGUUGGAAUCAUCAUGUGGGAAUUGUGGGUUGGGCAACCAGUAGUUGAAAUUGGAAAAGAAUUUGAAAUCCCUAAAUCUUUGAAAAGAAGGUCAAGUGCUACAUCUACCAGCAGCCAGCUAUCAAGGAAUUCGAAAGGCGGAUCAUCAAAAAGCUCUAAUAGUGAACUUGAGAAAAGUGGCUCAACUGGAUCAUUUAAGGGAAGGAAGGGAAGUAGUAAGAAAAAGAAGUCGCAGGAAUCCGGUAAAGGUGAGGAAAGUGAUACUGAUGAUGUCUUUGAGUGGGUAGAAGAUGAAGUUUGGUUCUCAAAAUAUCUGGAAACAUUCCGACCAGUGCAAACAGAUGAUUUUCACGAUGAAAACAAAAAGAGAGCUCAGCUUAGUGAGAAGUGGUGGCAAACAGUUGAAGUGUGUCUUCAUCAGAACAUCAAUGCAAAAGAAUGGCUCGAGUUGUGGAAAGAUUAUCCAAAUUUUCCAGAACUGUCCAUUGUUUUUCAAGAAAAACAUUUUUCAAAUGACACUGAUAAAUGAGUUGACCAUGUAUGGUCUGGAUUGAAAUCUGUGUGGAAAAACACAGAUGAGGAAAUGAGAAAUACUUUUGGCAUAUGUGUUGUCAGUGACGAAUGGCAAAUAUUGGAUACAGUCUUAUCCAAGUACUAAUAACUUAUUUCACAAUGCUGAGAGAGUACGGUUGGACCAACUGGGCAAUUUUUUGCUCAUUUGAGCAAAUGAUGAACACUUAAUUAUAAACUUACUAUUAUUCUCAGGACUGUAAACAACUUUUUCAUCAUUUUCUAAGGCAAAAAACAUGUCAUUGUUAGGAAGUGAAAUGUGAUGUGACCUUGCUAUUGAUUUAAGAGUAUGAGCAAAUGCCGUCACUCUUACAUUAGUUAAAUAUAGAAUAAUGGAAGGAGACACAAGUCUGUACAGGUUGUAAAUGUUUGUUUAAUACCAAGUUGUCUUAUUUAGUGUUUUCAUUUCCAAAAAAAUAUUUUAUCAGAUUUUAUUCAAACUUAGUAGUAAUAGUCAGUGUCAGGUAACUUUAGCACACUGAGCUCUAGCAGGGUUAUGGGUCUUAUAAUAUUUAAGAAAAAGUUUGUUUCUGGAUAACUGCUACAACACAAUUCAUCAGAUUUUUGUUGACUGAUUUUAAGCUUUGGCAAAAGUUACGGAGCUUAGACUAUUCAGAUUUUUAGCCCACCAUCAUCAGAUGGUGGGCUAUUAAAAUCACUCUGCGUCCGUGGUCCGUCCGUCCGUCAUUCCGUCCGUCCGUCCGUCCGUUAACAAUUUCUCGUUAUCGCAUCUCCUCAGAAACUACUUGGGGGAUUUUGACCAAACUUUGUCAGAAUGAUGUAUUGGUACCCUAGUUGUGUCCCCCUGAAAAUCAGACUGGUUCAACAAUUUAUGAGUGAGUUAUGGCCCUUUGUUUAUUUCUAUGAUUUAUAUAGAUUUAUAUAGGGAAAAACUUUGAAAACCUUCUUGUCCAAAACCACAGAGCCUAGGGCUUUGAUAUUUGGUAUGAAGCAUUAUCUAGUGGUCCUCUACCAAGAUGAUUCAAAUUAUUUCUCUGGGGUCAAAUAUGGCCCCGCCCUGGGGGUCACAUGGUUUAUAUAGACUUAUAUAGGGAAAAACUUUGAAUAACCUCUUGUCCAAAACCACAGGGCCUAGGGCUUUGAUAUUUUGUAUGUGACAUCAUCUAGUGGUCUUCAACUAAGAUUGAUCAAAUUAUACCCCUAGGGUCAAAUAUGGCCCCGCCCUGGGGGUCAUAUGGUUUACAUAGACUUAUAUAGGGAAAAACUUUGAAAAUCUUCUUGUCCAAACCACAAAGCCUAGGGCUUUGAUACUUGUAAUGUAGCAUCAUCUAGUGGUUCUCUACCAAGUUUGUUCAAAUUAUCCUCCUAGGGUUAAAGAUGGCCCCGCCCCGGGGGUCACAUGGUUCAUAUAGACUUAUAUAGGGAAAAGCUUUUAAAAUGUUCUUGUCAGUAACUACAACAUUCAAACUUGGACCACGUGUAUAUUUUUGAGUGGCAAGAUGAACCUUGACAUGAGUUGACCUUGAUUUUGACCUAGUGACCUACUUUCACAUUUCUGUAGCUACAGCUUUCAAAUUUGGACCACAUGCAUAAUUUUGUGCACUGGAAAAAACUUUGACCUUUAUUUUGACCUAGUGACCUACUUUCACAUUUUUGAAGGUACAGGCAUCAAAUUUGGACCAUAUGUAUAGUUUCGUGUUUCAAAAUGAAAUUUGACAUUGAUUUUGACCUAGUGACCUACUUUCACAUUUCUCAAGCUACAGCCUUCAAAUUUGGACUACAUGCAUAGUUUUGUGUACCGAAAAAAACUUUGACCUUGACAUUGACCUAGUGACCAACUUUCACAUUUUUGAAGGUACAGGCUUCAAAUUUGGACCACAUGCAUAGUUUUGUAUUCUGAAAUAAAAUUUGACCUUUACAUUGGCCUAGUGACCUACUUUCACAUUUUUAAGGUACAGGCUUCAAAUUUGGACCACAUGCAUAGUUUUGUAUUCCGAAAUAAUAUUUGACCUUGAUUUUGACCUAGUGACCUACUUUUACAUUUCUCAAGCUACAGCCUUCAAAUUUGGACCACAUGCAUAGUUUUGUGUACCGAAACAAACUUUGACCUUUACAUUGACCUAGUGACCUACUUUCACAUUUUUGAAGGUACAGGCUUCAAAUUUGGACCACAUGCAUAGUUUUGUAUUCCGAAGUAAAAUUUGACCAGGAUUUUGACCUAGUGACCUAGUUUUACAUUUCUCAAGCUACAGCCUUCAAAUUUGGACCACUUGCAUAGUUUUGUGUACCAAAAUGAACUUUGACCUUAAGAUUGACCUAAUGACCUACUUUCACAUUUCUGUAGCUACAGGCUUCAAAUUUGGGACCACAUGCGUAGUUUUGUGUACCGAAACAAACUUUGACCUUGACAUUGACCUAGUGACCUACUUUCACAUUUUUGAAGGUACAGGCUUCAAAUUUGGACCACAUGCAUAGAUUUGUGUUGUGUACGAAAAUGAAAUUUGACCUUGAGCUAGUCAAUAAGUCUUGAAAUUUGGAACACUCAAAAAUGGCACAUUGGUGGGCGCCAAGAUCACUCUGUGAUCUCUUGUUAUUUGUUUUAAGACAACUCCUGUUUGUUUCUUCAAUUUGCCCCAUGUGGUUCUGGGACAAUCUGUGUAUGAAAAGAAUUGGAACCACUGCCUUACCCUUGCAUGAUCGUAAGAGGCGACAAAUAGGGUCUUAACACUUGGUUUUGCAGUAACUCUGUGAUUCCAGCAGGUUUGCAGAUUUUGAUUCCAUACCUCAUGUUUUUAUUUUGAUGUAAAUGAGAUGUGGAACCAAAAUUUGUAGUCCUGUUUGGCGCCAUAUAACCUAUACUGUGUUGGUGUGCCAUAAAACCCAAAUAAAUAAAUAAAUGUUUCUUCAA